CCCUUCGUGAACGCCGAAUAUUGUGUGUAAAUUAUGAAGAAAUAGGGUCAGUAAUGUGAAAUCCCUAUAAAUUGAACAAUUUUAAACUUCCAUUUUCAUUUGAUUUUUUUUUUAUAGCAAAGCGUGAAUUUAGAACUGUCUGUGAGAAAAUAAUUUGGAAGAUUACGGGUUGAGCACCCCUAGUUACGUAAUGGGUUAGUUCAUCAUUACUGUACAGCGGAAGGAGGACGUCAAUAUACAACAGGGUAUUUAUCCCACCAGGAGAAAUUCAUACUAUGUGGCUACCUAGUUAACUACCAAGUUAAAAAUCCACGACACAAUGCAAGCAUAGAUGACAUCCCUCUAAACAGACCAACCACUUCAACUUUAAACAAUUCUCUCAUCCAACAUCUCAGUCCUCUCUUCAAUGCCUAACAGUGGGGAUAGUUCAGGACCUAAUGUAUCUGGGAGUCAGCCAGGCGACCAGGCUAUGCCCUUGUCCCAGCGACCCCCACCCCCUGACAGAGAGGAUGACCAACGCGGCCUGCUGACCACUCUCACCCGGGACUCCCUGAGGACCCGGAGAGCCUCCAGUGCUGAGCUCCAGCUCCCAUGGACCUGCCCUGUCACUCACUCCAGAGAGAAGUUCUACACGGUCUGCUCAGACUACGCCCUCCUCAACCAGGCUGCCUCUCUCUACCGGCUCCCCAGCACCCCCAGAGAGGUGGCCCACAGCAAGCAGGAUGGCAGCGGGGCCCCAUUAGUGAAGUCCAACACUGUGGACCUGUCUCAGGGUCAGGGGCAGCCUGCAGGUGUAGAGGAGGCUUCAGACGAAGACUUUGACAUGGAGGGGGUGUCCUGCAGCAACACCAAGCCUAUCCUGGCUUGGGAGAUUGAUACCACUAACUUUGAUGCUGUGCUAACUCGAAAGCCCAGGACAAGCAACAUAAAGAGAGUCGGUACGAAGAAGAUGAAGUCUUCAGGGGGCAGUAGGAACCUGCAGGACCUUCCUCUCCACGCCUCGCAGGACGAGAUCAAACAGAGGAAAGUCCUGGACCUCAGGAGAUGGUACUGUAUCAGCCGCCCCCAGUACAAGACGUCAUGUGGGAUAUCUUCAUUAGUUUCCUGCUGGAACUUUCUGUACAGCACACUAGGAGCAGGGAGUCUCCCACCCAUCUCCCAGGAGGGGGCUCUUCAGAUCCUAGGCUUCCAGCCUCCUUUUGAGGAGAUUAAGUUUGGUCCCUUUACAGGCAAUGCGACUCUGAUGAGAUGGUUCAGGCAAAUCAAUGACAAUUUUCGUGUCCGAGGAUGUUCCUAUAUUCUGUACAAACCCCACGGGAAACACAAGACAGCGGGAGAGACUGCUGAGGGGGCGUUGUUGAAGUUGACCCUGGGGUUAAGAGAUGAAACCAUGGCCUAUAUUUACCACUGUCAGAACCACUACUUCUGUCCUGUGGGCUUCGAGGCCACACCUUUCAAAGCAGCCAAGGCCUACAGGGGUACAUUACCAACUAAUGAAAUGGAACACUGGAUCCUGAUUGGUGAACCAAGCAGGAAACACCCUGCUAUUCACUGUAAAAAGUGGGCUGAUAUUGUUACAGAUCUGAACACACAAAAUCCAGAAUACCUUGAUAUUCGUCACACGGAGAGGGGAAUUCAGUGCCGCAAAACCAAAAAGGUGGGAGGGAAUCUUCACUGCAUCAUGGCUUUCCAGAGGGUCAACUGGCAGAAGCUAGGCCCCUGGGCCCUCAACCUGGAGAACCUGAGGCAUGACCUCCACCACCAGGGGUCUGAGAGGGCCCAGGGGGGCUUAGCAGAGGUCCAGGAGGACAGGGAGAAGACCUCAGGAAAACACCAGGCUUUGGCCCGGCUAGGCCGCUCCAACAGCACAGGUACCAGUAACCAGAAGGACGUAGCUUGGAAACACCUGUCUAACACCACAGAGUACCGACACAGGAGCUCACCUGAGAGCGAUGUUGAAGAAGAUACCACAGAUGACUGAGAUUCAAUGAGAAGGCUGUGAAGUUAGUGCUGCUAAAAUAUACUGGUUAGUAUAUCAAACGUUCUCAAUAGUUUUUCACCCCCAAAAAAAGAGAGACGAAAGCGUUGUUUUACCCCGUCUAGCAUCAUCCAGAUUCCAUCAAGGAUUUUGCCUGAUUAUUAUAAUGAAAAGUUAGUACAACAUACAAGUUGAUACACUUUAGUGUGAAAGCUACGUUUAAUCGUCUAGCAAUGUAUAGAGGACUGCUGCUAUUAAUCAGAAUGUCUGAUAACAUUGCAUUUAAAAGCCAUUUAAGAAAUAGAAGAAUAAGAAUAAAUUCUAUUAAUUUUACACUUUAAAGUGAGUGUGUUAGUUUGCGAAUGUGACUGAAAUCCAGUGACUACUGGUAGCCAAGUUUUUCUCAACUCCACGAUGCACAUCACAUCAAUGGAGUUGAGCGGAGACAACUACAACGAGUCGCUGUCCGUCGUUAAACCCUUACUUUCUACCUAUGUUUGUCCUCUGUAGCUGCCUUUCUUAAUUCCUUACCUUGUACCUCUGUUUGUCCUCUGUAGCUGCCUUUCUUAAUUCCUUACCUUGUACCUCUGUUUGUCCUCUGUAGCUGCCUUUCUUAAUUCCUUACCUUGUACCUCUGUUUGUCCUCUGUAGCUGCCUUUCUUAAUUCCUUACCUUGUACCUCUGUUUGUCCUCUGUAGCUGCCUUUCUUAAUUCCUUACCUUGUACCUCUGUUUGUCCUCUGUAGCUGCCUUUCUUAAUUCCUUACCUUGUACCUCUGUUUGUCCUCUGUAGCUGUUAGUAGCUGUGUGCCUUUCUUUGUUUGCUGAUAUCCAUACUUUUUAAUAAAACCUUUAUCCAAUACAACCACAGACUCUUUCCUUGUAUCGACUGACAGCGACUCCGCCCACAGUUGUUGCAAACAAACUCCACCGAGAUGUACAUAUGGUAGAGUUGAGAAACCCAGCUACAAUAAAACUAACUACAGAAACAACGAUGGUAGACUUCAGAAACCCAGCUACAGGAAAACUAACUACAAAAACAACGAUGUACAUAUGGUAGAGUUGAGAAACCCAGCUACAAUAAAACUAACUACAGAAACAACGAUGGUAGACUUCAGAAACCCAGCUACAGGAAAACUAACAGUAGAAACAACGAUGUACAUAUAGUAGAGUUGAGAAACCCAGCUACAAUAAAACUAACUACAGAAACAACGAUGGUAGACUUCAGAAACCCAGCUACAGGAAAACUAACUACAAAAACAACGAUGUACAUAUGGUAGAGUUGAGAAACCCAGCUACAAUAAAACUAACUACAGAAACAACCAUGGUAGACUUCAGAAACCCAGCUACAGGAAAACUAACAGUAGAAACGUGAAUCAAACAGUACAGUGGGUACAAUUCACAUUGUGAUGUCCUGUGAAACUAUGUUAAGUGUAGACGUUCUUUUCCCGAAGAAAAUACCUGAGAAAUCAAGUCAACGGAUGCUAAUCACCUACCAAGAUGUAGAGAUUUAUCUUUGUGUUGUUAUUGAUGUCCAACGUGAGAGACAAAGGAUGAGUGCAUGAUUGUGUCCCAUGUUGUGUCUAAAGCCACAGUUAAGUCUCCUGCUCAAGCAUCUGUGGUUUUGUAUUUAGAUUUAUCCCAACACUACUGUAAAAUGUAUCAUUAUUUAUUAAUGUGAUUUUAGAUUUGCUCCUUUUUCUUAAUAAAUAACAAUUUAUAUCAAUUCA